GAUGAACUGGAAAGAUCCUCACUUCAUAAAAGCUGCGGAGACUCUGGUGGGACGGCAGAACUUGUUGUCCUCAUUGUUAACUCCAGGUUUUUGAAAGGUGUUUGGAUACACUUUGUAGCAAUCUUAUCUUAGGCUGGAGUACUUUGGUGUUGGACUCUGGAACCCUCCAGCACAGAAACCUUUUUUUUCCUCUUUUUUCUUUGUGUCCAGGAGUCUAAUCUUUGAGUUCCUGACAUGCUGUUGAGCUGCUCUGCUGCUGUGUUCAUCUUAAUCCUCACAGACCCUUAUUGGUGCCAUUCUCCUGGUCUGACCAAUGGUGAGGCGACCUGCCACUCCCCUCGAGGUGGGGCCUACAGAAGCACCUUAGGCACCCGCUGUGAGAUGAGCUGCGAUCGAGGGUACCGGCUGAUUGGAAGAAGGUCGAUUCAAUGCCUCGCCAACCGCCGCUGGUCUGGGACUGCUUACUGCCGCAAGAUGCGUUGCCACGUGCUGCCCCUCAUUCCUCACGGCAGAUACACCUGCACUCAAGGCUUUGUGGUGGACUCCAGGUGUGACUUCACCUGUGCCCCCGGCUAUCGCAUUGAGGGGGAACACUCACGCACCUGCCUGCAUGGCGGUUCAUGGAGCGGAGUGCAGCCGGAGUGUUCAGAUACCGAUCCGCCAAAGAUCAAGUGUCCUCCGUCCAGACUCAAGGUCGCCGAGCCUGGAAAGCUCACUGCCAUGGUCACCUGGGACCCACCAGCUGCCACCGAUACUGCUGACAAAUCACUUGAAGUGAUAUUAGUGGGCCAGCAGCCAGGCACUGACUUUAAAGAGGGCGCAAACAUUAUCCGAUAUAAAGUGUAUGAUCAAGCCAGGAACAGAGCUGCCUGCAAGUUUAUUGUACGUGUCGAGGUGAGAAGAUGUCCAGAACUACCUCCACCUCUGCAUGGUUACCUCACCUGCUCCUCUGAUGGGAACAACUAUGGUGCAACAUGUGAAUACCACUGCGAUGGAGGACAUGAACUCAAGGGGGUGUCCAGUCGAGUCUGUCAGUUCAGCCGCAACUGGGGCGGAAACCCUGCUGAGUGUGUUCCAAUGGAGAUUAAAUCAGAUGUAAAGACAGUCUCGGCUCUCCUGGAUCAGUUCUAUGAAAAGAGGAGGCUGCUGAUCAUGUCUGCACCAAACAUAUCUGACCCAGACUACCAGAUGCAGAACGUCAUGAUACAAAAAUCAGACUGUGGAUUAGACCUGCGGCACGUAACCGUCAUCGAGCUUCUGGGCUCCCCGCCUCGUGAGACGGGCCGCAUUAAAGAACGUCUGCUUCAGCCUGAAGUCAUCGAAGGUUUGAGACAAGCAUUCAGAAUCUCCAGAUACUACUUCAGCAUGGUGCUCCUGGAUGAGCUCGGACUGGACCGAGAGCGAUUCAUUACCCCGGUAGCUUCGGAUGAGCUGUUCUCCUACAUAGACAGCUUCCUGCUGGAUGAAGAGGAACGAGAGAGGCUGGAGCUCCGCAGAGAUUUCUGUGACUAAUUCAAUAAACCUCUCUGGUUGCCACAGCAAUGAACUCAUCAGUACUACUAACACAAGAUAAGGAAGGACAAACAACCAGAAACCAGGUCCAGACUAACGUUUGAGCGGAAAAGACGAAGAGACAGCAGUUCCUCCUGUUCAAAUGUGAUCACUAUACAACACUGAAGUGCCGACACUGUUUGCUCUCUAUCAGAUCAUCAGCUGAGGGGCCUGGAGGACAGAAACUGGUUGCUACAGAAAAUAGAGCCUAUUAUAUUGUGGAAUAACACAGAGCACCAAAUAUAUGCGCACAGAUUGAAACCUGAAUACAGAACACUUGGUUGGAUGCAAGAUGUGGAUUUGUACUUUUUCAACUCCUGUUUGGAAAUCUGAAAUUUAAUGAGAGCUAAAACUACCCAGCUAAUAAUCACUAUCAAGCACUCGAGAGGCUAUAAAUUUACCAGCUUGGUGAAGAUAUUAGGAGCAAUGCACAGUUGAGACAAUCAAGCAUGUCUGAGUUUAGUUAGUUUUUAUUUGGUGAACAGAAUAUUCAAGGAAACCUUGAUGUAAACAUGACUCUGAUCACACUCCAGAGAAGGGUUAAAGGUUAAAAUCUUGAAAUUUAAAACAAAUUCACUUUACUUCAUAUAAAGGCUUGUAAUAUAAAUACAAUUAUAUAUUGUAGUAUUAAGAUAAAAUAUAUUAUGGAUUAAAUUAAGCAUAAUUUGUUGGAUGCAACACAAGUUCUGUAUGAUACCAGUUUAGAAUGUGCUGUUUUCCAAUAUGCAAGUGUACACAACUAUAAACAAAAGGGUGACAAAUUAAGACACUGUUUCUGUGCUACGUUCUGUGAAUACAUUUAAAUUGCAAUAAUAUAAACAUUUUAAAAAUAUAAA